AGGGGCUGAAGUUAUUAUAUAGGGGGAAAGAGAAAGAGAGGUCGAGCUAGAUUGGAUUUUUUUUUUAAGUAAAGGGCAGGAUUUUGUUUGUUUGGGGGUUGUCUGGGUGGGUGUUCUGUUGUCUUGGGUGGUUUGUAUUUUUUUUUUUUUGUGGUUUCCUUUUUUAAAAAAAAAUCUGAAUUAAAAAGGGUAACAACUGAACUCGUGGGAGGACUGAACACAGCAUCGCAGGAGGAGCAGAUGGAUUCAGCAGCCAACAGCUGUAUGAGGGGCCCCCAUUCUCCAGCCCCACUGUGGGGCUGCCUGCGGAGCCCCCAUUCUGAGGUCGGCGGGCCCAUGGCACUGCCCCACUACCCUCCUGCUCCAUUCUCCUUCCACCAGAAACCAGACUUCCCGACGUACCCCGACUUCUCUGCCUCGUGCCUGGCCACUGCACCCCAUAGCCUGCCCCGAGAGGAGAGGCUCCUUGCGGACCAGCACCCUGCCUUUCCACAGCCCCCUGACUGGCACUUUCCUGGCUCUGAAUCCCGGAGAAGACUCACCCCAGGCCCAACUCUGAGUUCUGGGGAGGUGGGUGAAAGCAGCCCUGGCCUCAUGGAUGCUGUAGGGAGCCUGGGGGAGGACUAUGGGGUCCCCGGAACCAUUGCCAAUGAAACUGAGAAAAAGUCAGCGAAAAGAAAAAAGGAGAACUCAGGUAAUCUAGAGAGGGGAGGAGGAAAACCAGAAACCAGCAGCAAAGCACGCAAGGAGCGAACAGCCUUCACCAAGGAACAACUGAGGGAACUGGAGGCAGAAUUUGCCCAUCACAACUACCUGACAAGACUCAGGAGAUAUGAGAUUGCUGUGAACCUGGACCUCACAGAGCGCCAGGUCAAAGUGUGGUUCCAAAACCGGAGGAUGAAAUGGAAGCGAGUCAAAGGGGGACAGCCUGUUUCACCCCAGGAGCAAGACACUGAUGAUGUAGACUCUGCAGCCUCCCUAAGUUCAGAGUGAGAUACUCUAUGAAGAAAGAAAUUGGACUGGAAGCUGUAAUUCCAGACAACCCUUCCCCCUACGGGCCCCACUCUACAGACAACAUCCCCAACGCUCUGAAGGAUAUCCCCCCAAACUCUUCCCCUCUAUGUGCUUCUUGGGAGGGAGACUUCAACAGCUUAAUUCCACUGGAACCCUGAGGGUCCAGAGAAAAAACAUUCUGUUUAAUCUAACUCAUUGACUCCUUCUACUUUUUUAAAAAUUUAAUGCCUCUCCCACCUCUUAUCCUCCACCCAACCACAAAGCCAUUGAGUGCCUAUGUAUCUCUGCCCACCAGUAUCUCUGCCAUGAAAACCUCAAAUCGGAUCAUGAAGAGUCAGAAAUUACUAAGGAAGCAGCUAUGAAAACCAGAGACUUUAAGCCAACUUGAAAGGCUUCCUCUCUUCACCCAAAGUGACCCUUCCAGGAGGCUUCCUGAAUCCCUGAUUGAUCCCCUCUCAGAUCUCCAGUCUGUCUCACUGUCUUACCCAGACCCACUGUGGAAACAGGGCUCAGGUUUGAGCUCUGACCUUCAUAUGAUGGACCUGUUGACCACCCUCUAGAAUGAGAACAAACACAGAGAAAAGAUACCUAUUUCCCAGUCCUCAUCCCAUUGAAUCUGCUAAUUGGAUUAUAAGACUUUAGGAUUCUAGGACAGUUAGGUGGCUCAGAGGAUAGAGAACCAGGCUUGGAGAUGGGAGGUCCUAGGUUCAAAUGUGUCCUCAGAUAGUUCAUAGCUAAAUGACCUUGGGCAAGUCACUGAACCCACAUUACAAAGCCCUGACUGCUUUUCUUCCUGGGAGCCAAUACUCAGUGUUGAUUCUAAGACAAAAGGCAAGGGUUUAAAAAAAAAAAAAAAGACUUUAGGAUUCCCCUCCUCCUUCUUCUGAUACUUUUAAAUCCUCAAGAAAAUAAAUCUAAGAGAGAAUGUCAUGGACAAAAGUUCUAAUGCCUUCCCUGGUCAGAAAGAUCAUGAGAGCCCAUUUCACCAUGAAUUUCAGCUUCUCCUUUAACUUGAUAAAAUUUGCUUCACAAAUGUCUGGCCACUUAUCUCAUGGGCCCAUUUCCUUGCUAGAAAGCCUUGGCCUUAGGGUAGUUAAUAGAGGCAAUAUAUUAGGAAAAUGUCUUUAGGAAUACUAGAGUUAGGGCAGCUAGGUGACUCAGUGGCUAGAGAGCCAGGCCUGGAGACAGGAGGACUU